UUUAGUGUCUCGGUUAUCUUGACAACUAGUCGGUCGUUAAGCAGCAUGGAUGACAUGGAGAAAUGGCCAGAAAUAGAGAAAGCAGCGACAGAGAAGAGACGUGAACUGGUUUUCCAGGGUCCAACUUUUGACAAGAGGAUUUCCUCUAACGGGGGACUUGCCUCUGCUAUCUAUUCCCUCACACUGCUGAAUUAUCUGGAAGUUAGCCAGUGCCCGAGUUUGACAGAAAUCCACGAGGACAUCCAACAUCUGACAAACCUUCAAAGCCUUAUCUUGUGCAGGAACAAGCUCGUCUCCAUCCCGAAUGUCGUCGGUAAACUGAAGUCCCUGAAGGUCCUGGACCUUUCAGUCAACAACCUCAGCGUUUUACCAGAGGGAAUCACUCAGUUAAAGGAGCUAAACACUCUCAAUGUGAGCUGUAACAGCCUAAAGGUCCUGCCAGAGGGACUGAUCCAGUGCACUAAGCUCUCCACCAUCAACAUCUCUAAGAAUCGCAUCACCGGUUUCCCUGCUGAUUUCUACUCCGAGAGACUAGAUCUCCUCAGCACACUGGUCGCCUCUGACAACUCCAUUGAACAGCUGAGUGGAGAUGUUCACAAGCUAGCUGCUCUAAAGGUGCUGGACCUCUCUAACAACAAGCUGACUGAGAUCCCCUCUGACCUGAGUGACUGCUCCAAGCUGAAGGAGAUUCACUUCAAAGGCAACAAGUUGAACGACAAACGUCUGGAAAAGAUGGUCAACGGCUGCCAGACCAAGUCCAUCCUCGACUACCUCAGAGGAAAAGGAAAAGGAAGACAGGGAGAGGACGGAGGUGACGCGGACGGGGGUCGCAAGGCAGACAAGGGGAAAAGGCAGCAGAGGAAAAAGAAGGAGAAGGUGGCAGACGGACAGGACGAGGUGGAGGAACUGAACAAGAUGGUGGUGAGGGUUCUCCAUGUCUCGGACACUCCUACAGCUCUCACCGUCACAGUGAGUGCUGAGGUGAAAGAUGUUCGACCAUACUUGGUGUGCUGCGUGGUCAGAGGCAUGAACCUGAAGUCUGGAAACGCACUCAAACGGUUCCUGGUGGCUCAGACAAAGCUUCAUGACGACUUGUGCGGUAAAAGGACCAUCGCAACCAUUGCAACUCAUGAUGUGCAGCUUCUCAAAGCUCCCCUGAUGUAUGAUGUCAAACCACCUACCCAGCUGAAGGUUGUGUCGCUGGGUCGGAAGGAGAUGACGGCCGUCGAGCUGAUAAGACACCUUCAGCUGGAGGCAGAGGAGCUGAGGAAGCAGAAGAAGAGGCAGAAUGUCACUGGCCUCCACAAAUACCUGCAGCUUCUGCAGGGAAAAGAAAUGUAUCCCUGCCUAAUGGAUGCAGAGGGACAUGUGAUCUCAUUCCCACCUAUUACCAACAGUGAGAAAACCAAGAUCAAGAAGUCUACUAAAGAGUUGUUCUUGGAGGUGACAAGUGCAGCCAGCCUGCAGACCUGUAAAGAUGUUAUGGACGCUCUGAUUGUAAAAAUGGCAGAGUUGAACAAGUUCACGGCGGAGAAUCGGGAGGAGGCGGGAUCAGACGGGGAAGGGGAAGGCCCACAAGAGCCGGCGGCCAGCAGUGAGACCUCCAGCCAACUGAUCGUUCAGCAGGUCCGCACAGUGGACCAGGACGGCAACCUGAAGGUCGUCUACCCGUCGAAGACAGACCUCUCCAGUGACAUCAGCAACUUGACAGUUAUUUGGUAGUCGUUGCUGUGGACAACCUGAGGUUUACACUCAUUCACACGCUCCAUGAAGUCAUUGUAACAGAUUAACAUUGUGGGACAUUAAGGCUAAGGUUUGACAACAUGCAACAAAAUAUCCUUUUACUUCAGGGAGCACAGGAAAUGUGAUCCUUUAGAAUUUCAUGUGAUUGAAAUGUUGCCUGUUGACAAAUGUAACAUUUCUGAUUUAUGUACAGCUUUUUGAACCACGUGUAGUAAUGUUAAUAAAUCCUUUUGAUGCUUUCUGAAAGCACAA